CCCUCCUCCCUUUCACGCCUAAUGUUGCUGUACCUCCAACCCUCCCCCCUGUAUCAGAGGAGUAGAAACAACAAGCGCCAUUUUGUUUAGCGGACAGACCGUCAGAAACAGGAGGAGAUAACUGAGAGACGAGCGACUCCGGUAACCGACGGCAGCUAAACCGGGAACCACCGGAGGAGGAAAGAGUGGCGAAACCCUCCGUGUAAUCAAGACAGAGAAGGCAACACCAAAAAGAUACGACGUCAGUGGAGAGGAAACCGAAUCGGUGAUAUAUGUAUGCGUGAGAAGGAAAUACUCCGAAAAAUCCAAGGAAGGGGGUGUUUUGCGGAGCGGAGACAGAGAGGAGAGGCGGAAGAGGGCUACAUAUUAUCAUAACGAGGAAAAACCUACGAAAAAGGGAAAGCAUCAAUAUGAAAAAUCAUUAUGUGUCCCUCGCGGAGGAAGGAAAGAGUCCGCAUAGACAAUUAUAUAAAUAAAUUGCUGCCGGGCAGAAGGGAAAGGUGGAAAGAAAGACGGGUUUAAAGAGAAGGGUAAAAUUGCCAGGAUCAACACGAAGGGGGGCAUUCUCCAUCACAAAGAGUCAAUGAGAGGAUUUUGUCAGCCCAAAAUAUUUUAGGGGGGUGGGUGUCAACAUUAGUGUGCCGAUCUGAAAUAGCCAUAAUUUCUUAGCGAGCUACCGUCAUUUUUUAAAUCACAUUUUUGCCUGUCGCCGUCGCUGUGCUCCGGAUUUUGGUUAACCUCUUUCUUCUUUUUACUUGCAUGGCCAAGACAACAUAUAAGCAGUACAUUACAUGUAUAUUUUUUGGGAAUAUGUUUAAUUCUUUUCAUUAUCUGAGAUUUAAAGUGCUUAGACCAAGCGAAAACCGGAGGAGGAACCUCUUGUGGAGCACAAGAUAAGUAACCCCACAGAUAGUCCUCUGCAAAAUAAAACUAAUUGGCUCAAUCUGACUGCCCACUGAUUAGCAAUUAGUGCUGUGAUUGCCCUCAAGAACUGUAAAAGAAAUAAAGUCUGCAUUAGAAUCAACCGCACACGAGCAGGGAUUUUCGACAAGAUUUUCCAUUUUCAACCUUUGCCAUCCCUGCUGCCUGCAAUAGGCACGAUCGCGCUAAAGGGUUGCAACAACCAAAUGUGCAAUACGAGUCUGUUUUUUCCCCCCGACCCAGUGCCUUGCAUGGUCAAACACUAAGUGCACAUUUUAGUCAGCAUGCACAUGCUUAAUAAAAGUCAUGCAUGGAUUUUUACAUUCGCAAUAUAUUUCCCUGUUAUCUGAGUGAGUGUGAGACUCCAGUGUUUUCAUCUUUCUGCAGGACUGUUCUAUUUAUUCAGUUACUGUUAAGCCAAUGCAAGUUUUUUUUCUCUCCUAGUAUUGCACUUGAGAGUAGCCUACCACUUACGCUUUAAUUGUAUUUGAGAACUACUGCUGGUGUCCCACACCGGUUGACUGCCUUUUUGGUUUGGAAACGUAAAGGAAUCAGCGGCAGCAGUGAGAUGUGUGGUCAGAUGAGAGAAAUGGUAAAUGCAACCGAGGAUCUGAAAACUGUUGCAUGAGAGAACGGCCUCCACAAGUUAACACAGGGAUACUCUUGGUUUGUAUUUUUGGGUCAUAAUUAUCAUUUCCGUGCCCUAACCGAGACUCUCCGCUGGGCCGGUUCAGACCUGAAAUACAGGAUUUCUCCGCCGACUAUGGCGGACAGGACUGAGUGCAGCACGGAGGACGGAUCUUGGGACAAUUUUUGUGUCGCAGAAGAGGCUACAUGAGGUUGUCAGAGGGCCGCACGCUUGCCUUUUUUGCCGACUCCACCUUCCCACCUCCUCCUGUUCAAAUCUGUGAAGAAACAAAAUCUCCGAGAGGGGAGGGGGACUGAUAUCUGCAGAGAGGAAUAAACCGACAGGGAGAACUGUGAGGGAAAGAGUUCAACAUUGCUCUCUUCUCCCCUACCGUCCCCCAAGCGGUGGGGGAACGAUCAGAAGCGUUUCUUAAAGGGAUAAGGAGAAGCAAAUAAAGGAAAUACGUUUGCCCUCCGUGGAUCUACAGCAUUUUUUUUUAAUUCGUCAAAAAUAUGGCCGAUAAUGUCCUGGAGUCCGGCCCGCCUUCAGCCAAGAGGCCCAAGCUGUCCUCUCCAGCUCUCUCGGUGUCUGCUAGUGAUGGAAAUGAUUUUGGUUCACUCUUUGACCUGGAACAUGACCUCCCAGAUGAGCUCAUCAGUUCCUCUGACCUUGGGCUAACAAACGGAGGGGAUGUUAGCCAACUCCAUACCAGCCUUGGUGGACUUGGAGGAGGGCUCGGUUUGGGAGGCCAAGAUGCAGCGGCAAAACACAAACAGCUAUCUGAGCUCUUGCGCGCUGGAGCUCCAGCACAGCAGGGUGGCCCUACAUCCAACAGCACAUCAUCUGGGGCUUCCAUGGGGAUGAUGGGGAGUGUCAGUGUCUCCCCUGGUGGACCACAAGGCAUGCCCCCCCAGGGCCAGCAGCAGCAACCUGGUUUAAUGCAGCAGGUUGGGAUGGUUGGUGGUGUUGCAGCGAUGAGCCGGGCAGCUGCAAUGAUGGGUGUCCAGAAGGCUAACACUGGACAGCAGCAGCAAGGCCUGAUGGGCGGGCAGGUGAUGAAUGGCUCACCAAGAAUGGGUUACCCUGGCAGUGCAGGCAUGGGUAACAACAGUAAUCUGUUGGCGGAAACCCUACAGCAGCAAGGCAGUCAGCAAAUGGGACCCGGGGGUCAGGCAGGGAUGAGACCACAGCAACCCGGUGCACUAAACAAGAUGAAUAUGAUGGCCAAUGCGGGCCCCUAUGGUGGUCCGUAUGGCCAGUCUGGCCAGGGGCUGCCAGGAGCAGGGCCGGGCCCACAGCUCCAGAAUAAGGCAGGUCUGCCCAACAAUAUGGCCAACCAGUUUAACAUGGACAAGAAGGCACCACCGAUUCAAGGCAUGCCUGGGAUGGCCUCUCAGCAGCAGCAGCCCGGAGCAGUUGGUGGUGUAUCUGUCAGCGGAGCAACAGCGGUGGGUGGCGCCCAGGUUGGGCUUAAUGCCGUAGGGGCAGGUCCCGGCACAGCGCCGCCUACCGCAGACCCCGAGAAACGGAAGCUGAUUCAACAGCAACUGGUCCUUUUACUCCACGCGCACAAGUGCCAGCGGAGGGAGCAGGCCAACGGGGAAGUGCGGCAGUGCAACCUACCCCACUGCCGCACCAUGAAGAACGUGCUCAACCACAUGACUCAUUGCCAGGCUGGCAAGUCCUGCCAGGUGGCACACUGUGCCUCAUCCAGACAGAUCAUCUCACAUUGGAAGAAUUGCACACGACAUGACUGUCCUGUAUGCCUGCCACUGAAAAAUGCUGGAGACAGGAGGAAUCAGCAGUCUCUUGUUAACAGUGCAGGAGUGGGUUUGGUGAGCGCUUUAGGGUCAGGGGUGCCUGGUGGACAGUCCAACACUCCAAACCUAAACCCUCCCAACCAGAUUGACCCCAGCUCCAUAGAGAGGGCCUACGCUGCACUAGGCCUCACUUACCAGGGCAACCAGAUACUACAGCAAGCCAACAUGCCAAACCAGGGAUUGCAGGGGCAGCCUGGGAUGAGGACUCUAAACACCAUGGGUGGAAACUCUAUGGGAGUGAAUGGUGGAGUUGGAGUGCAAUCCCCCAACCAGCAGUCCAGCCUACUGCCAAACGCCUUGUUGCAUAGCAGCAUGAAUGCACAAAGUUUGAUGAGUGAUGGUGUGGGGAACUUGGGCUCGAUGCCCACCGCAACUCCUCCUUCUGCUGCAGGCAUGAGGAAGUCCUGGCAUGAAGACAUUACGCAGGACCUCCGCAACCACCUUGUCCACAAGCUUUUGUGCAUGUGUGAGAGUAGUGUGCAGGCAAUCUUCCCCACUCCUGAUCCGGCGGCCCUGAAGGAUCGGCGGAUGGAAAAUCUAGUGGCUUACGCUCGAAAAGUAGAGGGGGACAUGUACGAGUCGGCCAACAGUAGGGCGGAGUACUACCAUCUGCUGGCAGAGAAGAUCUACAAGAUCCAAAAGGAGCUGGAGGAAAAGAGAAGGACACGACUUCAGAAGCAGGGCAUGAUGCCUGGCCAGCCUGGCAUAGCCUCCCCAGGCCUCCCGCAGGUGCCUCCCAUCAUGGGGCAGCCGCCCAUGGCCCCUGGUCAACCCCCGAAUGGUCCUCACGCUGAUCCGUCCAUGGUCCGACCAGCUGGACCCAAUCAGAUGGUCAACCGAAUGCAGAACCCACCAGGAAUGAACCAGUUUGGUCAGAUGGGGAUGCCGUCGAUGGGUCAGAGGUCUCCUCUUCCUCUGAAUGCUCCAAUGAACCAGAUGGGUAUGGGAGCAACAAGGAUGGGUCAACCCAAUGCUACACAGUUACAGAACCAGUACCUCCCUCCAGGCCAGUUUCCUGGGUCCAGUCCUGGACUUGGUUCUGGUCCUGUUGUUAUGAACCAGCCAGGAACACAGACUGCUGUGCCACAGCAGAACCAGAUGUCAACGCCACCUUCCCUCCCAGUCGGCAGCCCUGCAGCACAGUCUGCCUCUUCGGCUCCAGGCUCCGCAGCCUCUGUAGGCUCCAUGGGGUCUGGCAGUGCCAGUAGAGCUGGGCCUUUGCCCAACAUGCCUCCAUCCUCCACCCCCACCCAGGCUAACUCAUAUCCUCACUGCCCUCCCGUCCGAACAAACUCCCCCUCACCGGCACGCAGCUUAACGCCUCAACCGCAUCAAACACCCCCCACGUUACCUCGUUCUCAGACCCCACAGCCACAGACUCCCGGCACACCCCAGCUGCCCUCUCCACAGCACCCCCAUCAGCAGCAGCAACAGCAACAGCAGCAGCUGCAGCAGCAACAACAACAGCAGCAGCAGCAGCAACAACAACAACAGCAGCAGCAACUGCAGCAGCAGCAGCAGCAGCAACUGCAGCAGCAACUGCAGCAUCAGCAACAUCAGCAGCAGCAACAACAUCAGCAGCAGCAACAACAACAACAACAGCAGCAGCAGCAGCAACAACAGCAGCAGCAGCAACAACAGCAGCAGCAGCAGCAGCAGCAGCAGCAACAACAGCAGCAACAUCAACAUCAGCAGCAGCAGCAACAACAACAACAACAGCAUCAACAGCAACACGCUUCGCAACAGCAGCAGCCAUCGGGGCAGGCAGUAAACUCGGAGAAGGCCAACCAGAUUCCACAGCAGACUCUUGGGGGUGUGGCUUCCUCAGGCCCCCAAGCAGGUCCACUUUCUUCGGUGCCUACCCAGAAUGCUCAAGUGCCAAUGCAGCAGCCGCAGACCCCAGUAUCCAUAAAGCCUUCCCUGACAGGUGAUGGUCAGGUGUCCUCUCCCAGCUCAGUCAGCAGCAGUGCAGAUCCCAACUCCCAGCUCACCCAGGUGGACGGCCCUGCUCCCAGCCAGGAAGAUGUCAAAAUGGAGGUGAAGAAGCAGGAGGAAGAGGACGACGAAGGGGCUGACACCGAAGGAGAGGGCAAGGGAAAGAUGGGCAAGGGUCAGCAUGACGUGAAGACAGAGGAGAAACCAGAGGUAAAGAAAGAGAAGCCGUCAGGAGAUGGGUGUAAAGGCGAGCCCAUGGAUACAUCUUCAUUCUCAGCGUCAUCGUCGGUAGCAACAGGUGAAGACAAGAAGCCGGAGGUGAAGAAAGAGCCCAAAGAGGAAGAGGAGGGGUCAGGGUCAACAGCCAACAGCAGCUCUCCAGCCAGCGCUCAGAGCAAGAAGAAAAUCUUUAAGCCGGAGGAGCUGCGUCAGGCUCUAAUGCCCACCCUGGAAGCUUUGUACCGGCAGGACCCUGAGUCCCUUCCCUUCCGUCAGCCGGUGGACCCCCAGUUACUGGGAAUACCCGUACGUAUUCGAACUAGUAACAAAACUAACCUGGACUACUUUGACAUCGUAAAGAACCCCAUGGAUCUGUCGACCAUCAAGCGGAAACUGGACACGGGACAGUACCAAGAGCCUUGGCAGUACGUCGAGGAUAUCUGGCUGAUGUUCAACAAUGCCUGGCUGUACAACCGCAAGACGUCCCGUGUCUACAAGUACUGCUCCAAGCUGGCUGAGGUGUUUGAGUCUGAGAUCGAUCCCGUCAUGCAGGGCCUGGGAUACUGUUGUGGGAGGAAGUAUGAGUUUUCACCCCAAACUCUAUGCUGCUAUGGAAAACAGUUAUGCACCAUCCAACGUGACGCUGCUUAUUUUAGCUACCAGAACAGUUCACCAAAAUAUGGGCUUCUUGCUGACAGGUACCACUUCUGUGAGAAGUGUUUCAACGAAAUCCAGGGCGAGAGUAUUUCCUUGGGGGACGACCCCUUGCAGCCUCAGACGUCCAUCAACAAAGAACAGUUCCAACGGAAGAAGAACGACACACUUGACCCUGAGUUACUUGUGGAAUGUGGAGACUGCGGUCGUAAAAUGCACCAGAUCUGUGUCCUGCAUCAUGAUACCAUAUGGCCUUCGGGCUUUGUAUGCGACAACUGCCUCAAAAAGGCCAAUAAGACACGGAAAGAGAACAAAUAUGCAUCCAAAAGACUUCCUCAGACCAAGUUGGGGUGCUAUUUGGAGACACGAGUGAAUGAUUACAUCAAGCGGCACAAUCUCCCUGAAGCUGGCGAUGUCACCAUUCGUGUGGUGCAUGUCUCAGACAAGGUGGUUGAGGUCAAGCCGGGCAUGAAAUCCAGGUUUGUCGACAGUGGAGAGAUGUCGGAGUCAUUCCCCUACAGGAUGAAAGCCUUGUUUGCAUUUGAGGACAUUGAUGGAGCGGAUGUGUGUUUUUUUGGGAUGCACGUUCAAGAGUACGGCUCGGACUGCCCGCCUCCCAAUCAGAGACGAGUGUACAUCUCUUACCUGGACAGUGUGCACUUUUUCCAACCUCGAGUCAUCAGAACUGGUGUCUACCACGAGAUCCUGAUAGGCUACCUGGAGUAUGUCAGGAGGCAGGGAUAUACAACGGGUCAUAUCUGGGCCUGUCCACCCAGUGAAGGGGAUGAUUACAUCUUCCAUUGUCACCCAGCGGACCAGAAGAUCCCCAAGCCAAAGCGGCUGCAGGAGUGGUACAGGAAGAUGCUGGACAAGGCUGUUGCUGAGCGCAUUGUCCAUGAUUACAAGGAUGUCUUCAAGCAGGCAACAGAGGACCGGCUGACCAGUGCCAAAGAGCUGCCAUACUUUGAAGGUGACUUCUGGCCAAACGUACUGGAAGAGAGUAUCAAGGAGCUGGAGCAGGAAGAGGAGGAGAGAAAGAGGGAGGAGAACAGUACCUCCAACGAGAGCACAGAUAUCACAAAAGGAGACAGCAAGAAUGCCAAAAAGAAGAACAAUAAAAAGACAAGCAAGAACAAGAGUAGCAUGAGCCGAGCCAAUAAGAAGAAACCAGGGAUGCCCAAUGUUUCCAAUGACCUUUCCCAGAAACUCUACGCCACCAUGGAGAAACAUAAGGAGGUGUUCUUUGUCAUCCGCCUCAUUGCUUGCCCCACUGCCAACUCACUGCCCCCCAUCACUGACCCUGACCCCCUCAUGGCCUGUGACCUGAUGGAUGGCCGCGACGCCUUCCUGACUUUGGCCAGGGACAAGCACCUAGAGUUCAGCUCUCUCAGGAGGGCCAUGUGGAGCACCAUGUGUAUGUUGGUGGAGCUGCACAACCAGAGCCAGGAUCGCUUCGUCUACACCUGCAAUGAGUGUAAACACCACGUGGAAACCCGCUUCCACUGCACUGUCUGCGAGGACUAUGACUUGUGCAUCACCUGCUACAACACUAAAGGUCAUGAGCACAAGAUGGAUAAGCUGGGGCUUGGACUGGACGAUGACAGCAACAAUCAGGCAGCAGCAGCUACCCAGAGCCCCGGAGACUCUCGUCGUCUCAGCAUCCAGCGCUGCAUCCAGUCGCUGGUCCACGCGUGCCAGUGCCGCAACGCCAACUGCUCCCUGCCGUCCUGCCAGAAGAUGAAGCGCGUUGUUCAGCACACAAAAGGCUGCAAGCGCAAGACAAAUGGCGGCUGUCCUAUUUGCAAGCAGCUCAUUGCUCUUUGCUGCUACCAUGCCAAACACUGUCAGGAGAACAAAUGUCCCGUCCCGUUUUGUCUAAACAUCAAGCAAAAGCUCCGGCAGCAGCAGCUGCAGCACAGGCUCCAGCAGGCCCAGAUGUUACGGAGGAGGAUGGCCAGCAUGCAGAGGGUGGGGCAGGCAGCCGGAGGGCCACCGGGAGGACCUGUUGUAGGACUUCCAUCACCAGGGAACAAUGGUACCACGGCACCCAGUACCCCAACCUCUGGUGGAACCCAACCCCCAACACCCCAGACUCCAACUCAGACCAUGCCUCCAGUCACGCAGCAGGGAAUGGGCUCUGGAUCUGGAGUUCAGCAGCAGCAGCAGCAGCAGCAGCUGGUUGGAAUGCCCCCACAAAGUGCCAUGCCUUCUCAACACCCCCUUCACCACCAGUUCCAGCAGAUGGCUGGUGGAGGAGGUGUGGCUGGGGGGAUAAUGAGCUCUCCCCAACAUCAGCAGCAGAUGCUUCCUCAGGGCCAGCAGCAGCAAAUUGGAGCUGGGACCAACCCCCAACAACUCCAUCAGCACCCCAACAAUUUGCCUCCAUAUGCCAGCAGACCCCCAGGCUCAUCCCCAAUCCAUCAGUCCCAGGGCAAACCGGUCCUUGGCUCUGCAACACCUCCCCAGCAGCAGCUUGGUGGGAGUGUUGGGGGUCAACAGCCUCUGAGCCAGGCCCAGGGCCAGUCGUCCCUUUCGCAGCAGCAGCAGCCCCCCUCUGGCCCUCCACCGGCAGCAGUAGAAAUUGCCAUGAAGAUCCAACAGGUAGCCGAUGCUCAGAGGAAGAUGGCUCUUCAGAGACAAGCAGCUCAGGCAGCUGCUGGCUUGAUGCCUCCUCACCCUCACCACCAACAGGGUCAGGGUCAACAGAUGGGCAUGGGGCACCCAGGGGCUCCAGGGAUGGUUGGAACCCAGGGUAUGGCUCCACAGACCCAAGCAGCAGUGACAGCUUCCCGGGCCCACAUGGAUCAACAACAAGGUGCUUCACCAGGGAUGAUGGUUGGUGCUGGUGGGUCCAUGCAGCAACCCCCUCAACAGGGUAACCUGCCCCAGGGCCAUCUGCCCCCUCAAGUACAGCUUCAACAGCAGAGGAUGGGUGUUCCACAUCAAAACCCUCAGCAGCAGCAGCAGUGGUCAGGCCAGGGGAUGCCACCUCAGCAGCGGCAAACUAUGAUGAACCAAAUGAGCCAUCCAGCCAUGAUGGCAGCUCAACAACAGCAGCAAAUGCAACAACAACAACAGCAACAACAACAGCAGCAACAACAACAACAACAACAGCAGCAGCAGCAGCAGCAGCAACAACAGCAGCAGCAACAACAACAACAACAACAACAGCAGCAACAAGCUCAGGGCCAUGCUGCCUUGAUGAAUAUGGUACAACAGCAAGGUGCUGGUGGUGGUGGUGGUGGGAUCCCAGGAGGAGCUGUCCCUGGAGUUGCUGGUGUCCCCGGGGCGGGUGUUGCCGGUGGGAACAUCCCCCAGGCAGCCCUGCAGGAGCUGUUACGGACUCUCCGCUCGCCUAGCUCACCACUCCAACAACAGCAAGUCCUCAACAUCUUGCGAUCUAACCCACAGCUCAUGGCUGCUUUUAUCAAGCAGAGAGCAUCAAAAUACAAGGGGGUUCAGGGGGGACCAGGUGGUGUACCUGGGGGUGCUGGUCCCACAGGGGGUCCUGUUGGUAAUGUUAUGGCAGGAGGGGGCCCACAGGUGAACAUGAAUGCUACUGGGGGCGGCCAGCCAGGGAUGCAUAUGGGUGGUCAGGGAGGGACAAAUGUCAACAUGCCCACUAUGGCCCAGUUACAGCAAGUUCAGCAGCAGCAGCAGAUACAACAACAGCAGCAGCUACAGCAGCAGCAGCAGCAGCAACAACAGCUACAACAGCAACAGUUACAGCAACAGCAGAGGCCGCUUCUCAGCAGUUUACAACAGCAGCAAGUGGCAGCUCUCCAGCAGCAGCGGCAACAACAGCAGCAACAACAACAGCAGCAGCAGCAGCAGCAGCAAGGGGGAGGGGGAGGCGGAGGAGGCGGAGUUAUGCAGGGCCAGGGGCCACAGAUGGGAAUCAACAGUCCCCAGUUUAGAGAGCUGCUGCUGAGACGGCAUCUUCAACAGCAGCAGCAGCAGCAGCAGCAGCAACAACAACAGCAGCAGCAAAUGGGAGUAAGUCAUGGUCAGUUCCAGCAGCCACAGCCACCACAGGGGCAAAGCUACAUGGGACAGCCUGGAAUGCAGCCUCCUGCCGUGGGACAGGGACCACCUGGAGGUCCACCUCAUGGCCCCCAGCAGCCUGGUGGCCCCCCAGGCCAGCAGGGGCAGGGUUACCCUGGGUCAGUGACGCAGCAGCAGGUCACAGCUGCACUACAGCAGAGGCUCCAACACCAGCACCACCUCCAGAUGCAGCAGCAGAAUGCCAUGGCUGGGCUGCCAGGGGGUGAUGCAGGGCCAGGUGUAGGAGGUCCUCAGCAGCCACCCCAGGGCCCUCAGCCCACUCAAAGUGGCCCCCCACCUCCAUCUUCUCAGGCGCUGCUCCAACAGGCCAUCCACCAGAGGCUGCAGCAGCAGCAGCAGCAGCAGCAGCUCCAGCAACAACAACAACAACAACAGCAGCAGCAACAACAGCAGCAACAACAGCAGCAGCAGCAGCAGCAGCAUCAUCAUCAUCUGGGCCCUGGGGGGUCACCAGCCCAUCACAGUAAUCCCAUGAGCCCUCAGCAGCCACAGCAGAUGGCCCAGUCCCCACACCCACACCAACACCUGUCCACAUCGCUAGCUAACCAGGUGCGAUCCCCACAACCUUCACCCAGACCCCAGUCCCAGCCGCCACACUCCAGCCCAUCCCCACGCAUGCAGCCCCAGCCCUCCCCACAUCACAUCUCCCCUCAGAUGCAGACGGGUUCCCCACACCCAGGCCACCUGAACCAGCACCACCCGGGCAUGGUGGUCCCUCCACAGCCAACGAGCCAGCAGCAGCAGCAACAGCAGCAACAGAACUCUAUGGAGCAGUUUGGGUCGGACCAGAACGGCAUGCUAUCUCAGCUGAGUGGCAUGGCUGGUCUACAUGGGCCGGGGGGCAACAGUCAGGACCCGCUUGGCCAGAAUAUGAAUCACAACUCUUUAGACCUCAUGUAGGAAUUCUACUUAACGUGUCAAGUUGAGCUGAAACUCUGAAGCUCUGUGAUUCUUCGCACAAACUGCACUCACCCAGGACAGUGUUAUUGUUAUUACUUAGCCUUUCUUUUUUUAUACAAUUAUAACAUGUUAUUUAAAAUGUUCUCAACAAAGAUGCAUUGAACUGACCUUCCUAUGGGAGAUGAACAAUAAAUCAAGCAGUCGUUAAAUAAAUUAGAAUAAAUGAAUUGUAAGUUAUUGCUGUUAAUAUAUUUUUUUGCCAAUUGUGGACAAAGAGGGGGAUGGUUUCUCUAGCACCCCUCCUCCCUCACCCCCACCUCUUGCUGAAUACAAGAAAGGUGAUAUUUUCGGGGUUUUGGGGGUAAAUAGGAGUACUUUUUUUAAGAAAUGUUUUUAAAAUUUUAAAAGUGGUCAAGGAUUAAAGAUGAAAUGAUUUAAUGCAAAGAACUUUUUUUAUCGGUUUCAUUAUCCCAUCAUUCAAUCUGUCUGUCUCUUUCUGUUUUGCAGAGUGAUGUAGAUGAUUAUUAAUGUAAAUCCAAACAUGAUGCAUAUCCAUUUUUUUUUAAUAUUUGAGUUUGCUUUAUUUAUUUUUUUCUUUUUGGGGGGUGGGGGUGUUAUGUUCCCUGAGACUGCUACAAUUCGUAUAGAAAUAUAUUUUUGUUAUGACUGUUAUGAUGGGGGUAGUGGAUAUUUCAUUUCACUUUGGGUGUCUUUAGUUGGGUCUGCCCAGGUGGGAAUAAUUAAAUGUCAGUGUUUUAUUGCAGUGGUUGGGGGGGGGGUCUGCUAUGCGUUUGACAUGUUGAACGGACAUUGUGACGUCCCAACCAGCUUCUGUAUUGGACAUCGGUCACGCUGGACGGGACUCCUCCCUCGCAAACAUGCAAGCCCUCUCCCUCGAAUGUGUGUGCACUCCUUCCUUUAAAGACCCUUAAUAUGGAUCAGUGGAGGCUUGGGGAGGGGGGUGCAUACCUGUGUGCCUGAAACAUUUUGAGUACAUGGGCUGGGAUGUGAAAAAAUGGGUGGGGUGGGCUCCUUUAGUGUUUUUAGCAUUCCGCUGUUUGGCAUAAACAGAGGAUUUUGAUCCAAAUGAACUGUGUUGCACGGAAAAGAGGA